AUGACGAUUGAAGAUAUCAAAACCGUCUAUCAGCAGAAGCACAACCUACCCUCAACCUACCAAAAUCUCCAUCCGCAUCCACAUCCCACGGCCCAACGAAACGUCACGCAAGCAGUAUCGCACGCGACAGCGCCACUGCAAGGCCUUCGCAAAGUCCAAUUAGUCCGCAAUCCUCGAUUCAAACCCAAAGGCCUCGGUGACUUAGCCAGUCUAUGCCGCAAGUACGAGAUCACGCCGACUUUACCUACUCCUUUUACCAUCAUCCAUGCAGUCGUCGAUGGCCUCGAGACAGCCAGUCAGACGCUCGUCGAUGCUUUGACGCCAAGAAAAGACGAUGGCAACAAGACAACGGCAACCACCAGUCACCCACGCGUCGUGACUCGAAUGGUCAAGAAGCCGGACUCCACGGGCAAAACAGGUCAUCUCGACGCUGAGAAUGUACAGAACGAUUCGGAGUACCUUGCACCUGUAAGCAUUGGCACUCCAGCCCAGUGUCUCAAUCUCAAUUUUGACACUGGAUCUUCCGACCUCUGGGUCUGGUCGACUUUACUACCUGACAAUGUGAAGACAAAAGACGCGGGUGGCAUGUCGUGGCAGAUUCAGUAUGGAGAUGGGUCGACGGCGAAUGGUGCUGUGGGGACGGACAAUGUGUCGAUUGGAGGAUUAUGUGUGACGGGACAGCAUGUUGAGUUGGCGAAGAAUUUGGCGCAGAGCUUUGAGCAGAGUGAAGGGGAUGGGUUGUUGGGACUUGCUUUCGGAACGAUAAAUACUGUCAAGCCGCAACCAGUGCACACUCCGGUCGAGAACAUGAUCAUGCAAGCCGAUAUUCCCAAAGACAGCGAGCUCUUCACCUGCUAUUUGACCAGCACUAAAGAUAGCGAGCCGGAUUGCUACACUUUUGGCUACAUCGACAACGAUCUUGUAAAGGGACGGCCGAUCUACUACACACCAAUCGACAACUCGCAUGGCUUCUGGAAUGUCAAGUCAACCUCAGUGGUCAUCAACGGAAGCAGCAUACCUCUUGCAGGCAACACAGCCAUCAUGGACACCGGUACAACGUUGAGCCUCAUCGACGACUCCACCUGCAAGAACAUCUACGCCGCAGUGCCUGGUUCCCGCUACGACAAUGACCAAGGCGGUUUCAUCUUUCCAAAAGAUGCCAAACUUCCCGAUCUCAGCUUCGCAAUUGGCGAUCAGCAGUUCUCGGUGCAUAAGUCGGACUUGGCCUACGCAGAACUUGGUGGCGGAAUGGUAUACGGUGGGAUACAGUCGCGCGGAAACAUGAACUUUUCGAUUUAUGGUGGUACGCACUUGAAGGGCAUGUAUGCCAUUUUUGACCAGGGCAAGAAGCAGUUUGGGUUCGUACAGCGUUGA